AUGGAGGCCCUGAAAGUAUGGAGUCUAACGGCGUCGCCAUUGAGGCAAUUACUUCGUCUAUCUUCUUCUUCUACCGCAAUAUACGGAAGAAGAUCCCACCACUCAUCACUGAUGCUCCGAUGCGCCUCCGCCGCUUCUUCUUCUUCUUCUUCCUCAAAUGCCGCCACGGCUGAAACUCCCAAACCCUCCGGCCGAAACAGAAGGGCGGCUUCUUCUUCUAAUUCCACCUCCGAUCGUGAAGCUAUCCGCUCAAUUCGUCUAAAAAAGGUUGAAGAGCUGAGAGGUCAAGGUGUAGAGCCAUAUGCUUACAAGUGGGAGAAGAGCCACAGUGCAAAUCAACUCCAAGAGAUUUAUAAGCAUUUAGCGAAUGGUGAAGAGUUAAACGACGAGAGUGAUCGUGUUUCUAUAGCUGGGAGAGUCGUUGCUCGUAGAGCGUUUGGGAAGCUUGCGUUUUUGACUCUGAGGGAUGACUCUGGAACCAUUCAGCUUUACUGUGAGAAGGAAAGGCUGUCAGAUGAGCAGUUUGAACAGCUGAAGGCAUUCAUAGACAUUGGUGAUAUUUUGGGUGCUAGUGGCUCAAUGAAGAGGACUGAGAAAGGGGAACUUUCUAUAUGUGUGAGUUCUUUUUCAAUUCUCACAAAGUCUCUCCUUCCAUUGCCUGACAAGUAUCAUGGUCUAACUGAUAUUGAUAAACGUUACCGCCAAAGGUAUGUGGAUAUGAUUGCUAAUCCUGAAGUGGCUGAUGUGUUCCGCAAAAGGGCAAAAAUAGUUUCAGAGAUACGCAAGACAGUGGAGUCUUCUGGAUAUCUGGAGGUUGAAACUCCAGUUCUUCAGGGGGCAGCUGGUGGAGCCGAAGCUAGACCCUUUGUAACGUAUCAUAACUCACUUGGAAGGGAUCUUUACCUGAGGAUUGCAACCGAGCUUCACUUGAAAAGAAUGCUGGUUGGAGGGUUUGAGAAAGUAUACGAAAUUGGUCGUAUAUUUAGAAACGAAGGCCUUUCAACACGUCACAAUCCUGAAUUCACAACCAUCGAGAUGUAUGAAGCUUUUUCGGACUACCAAAGCAUGAUGGACAUGGCAGAACUAAUCGUCACUGGAUGUGCAAUGGCAGUUAAUGGGAAGCUAACAAUUGAUUAUCAGGGAACAGAGAUCUGCCUCGAGCGGCCUUGGAGGAGAGAAACCAUGCACAAUCUCGUUAAAGAGGCAACAGGAAUCGAUUUCAGUGAGCUAGGGGAAGAUCUCGGAAAGGCCAAAGACACAGUUCUGGUGGCACUUCAAGACGUGCUUGAGCACAAGGACAAAUCUGGAAUUGGAGCUUGCUCUUCUCUCGGCCAUCUUCUUAAUGAGGUGUUUGAAGUUGUUGUAGAGCCAAAGCUUGUGCAGCCAACUUUUGUAUUGGACUACCCAAUCGAGAUAUCUCCCUUGGCCAAGCCACAUCGCGGUAAUGCAGGUUUGACUGAAAGAUUUGAGCUGUUCAUCUGUGGCCGUGAAAUGGCUAACGCAUUCUCUGAAUUGACUGAUCCUGUGGACCAGAGGAGGCGGUUGGAAGAGCAAGUAAGGCAGCAUAACGCAAAGCGAGCGGCGGCUGCAGCAGAAACUCCUGAGGGAAAGGCAAAGAAAGAUGAUGAUGAUGAUGAUGAAUCAUAUGAGGUGACACUAGACGAAGACUUUCUCACUGCUCUAGAAUACGGAAUGCCUCCUGCUUCUGGAAUGGGGCUUGGUAUUGACAGGCUGGGGAUGCUGUUGACAAACUCUGCGAGUAUAAGAGACGUCAUUGCGUUUCCUGUUCUGAAAGUUCAGCAGUAACACUUAUGCCGAACUUGGUAAUACAUGUUUGUAGCUUUAGCAUUCUUUCUGGUUAUUUCUCCAGCAGAGCAAGUUGGAAGAAGCAUGUGUAAUAUUUAGAUAGCAAAAACCAAUCCAAUGAUUUUAUUCUUGAAAAGUGCUUGAAACCGAAAUAGACAUAAUAAUACAUACGAAAAGAGUUCCAUCAUGUUAUUGGUGGCCUCUCUUCUAGUUUAUCCCAUUUGAGAUAUGGUAAACAUUACACAAACGUUUA